AUGUUUGCUUGGAAGCUGGAAGACGGAAUCGUUAUUAAGCGCCAGGUAGUCCUGGACACUGAAUCCAUGAGCGUGAACAUUGGAUGUCACCAUGGUUAUAGUUACGGUACAUAUAUAAAAUCUACAGUACGAUUUGAGAUUUGUUACGUGACGAGCGGUGUGUUUAAGACUAGUUUACAUGCGCUCAUUUUAAUAUGUAGUUAUUUAACGAAGUUCUAUUGUGCUAGCAUGGUUUCGAGAACACACCAAAUUUCCAUGAGUCUAUUCCGGGCACACCUCGUCUUUUAUCGGUGUGCUCUCAAUCUAAAUUCAUCUUAUAACUUUGGUUUCUUAGUUGCAAUUACCUUUGUACUCCAAAUAAUUACAGGUAUCACUUUAGCGUUCCGAUAUACUUCUGAAGCAUCUUGUGCAUUUGCUAGUGUUCAACAUCUAGUUAGAGAGGUAGCAGCAGGAUGGGAAUUUAGGAUGUUGCAUGCAACAACUGCUUCUUUCGUCUUCUUGUGUAUCUUAAUACACAUGUCUCGAGGUAUGUAUAACUCCAGCUAUAGUUAUUUAACUACUGCUUGGAUGUCUGGUUUAGUUUUAUAUCUACUUACUAUAGCCACUGCUUUCCUCGGUUAUGUACUACCAUGGGGACAGAUGAGUUUCUGGGGUGCUACAGUCAUUACUAAUCUCCUUUCUCCAAUACCAUAUUUAGUACCUUGGUUACUCGGUGGAUACUAUGUAUCUGAUGUAACAUUAAAACGAUUCUUUGUAUUGCACUUUAUAUUACCUUUUGUAGGUUGCAUUCUAAUUGUAUUACACAUCUUCUAUUUACAUUUAAAUGGUUCUAGUAACCCUGCAGGUAUUGAUUCCGCACUUAAAGUAGCCUUCUAUCCUCAUAUGUUAAUGACCGAUGCUAAAUGUCUAUCCUAUCUAAUUGGUUUAAUUUUCUUACAAACGGCUUUUGGUUUGAUUGAAUUAUCGCACCCAGAUAACUCCAUACCAGUGAACCGGUUUGUAACUCCGCUUCAUAUCGUACCUGAAUGGUACUUUUUAGCAUAUUAUGCGGUGUUAAAAGUAAUCCCAUCCAAAACCGGUGGUUUGUUAGUAUUUUAUGUCCUCUCUCAUUAA